AAAUUCAUUGUAACUUAUUCUGUGAUCUCAUCGCAGUCUUAAUCGCUUUAUGAAAGGGAGUUUUUAUCAGAUACGAAAUUCUAGAGCGAGUCAUUCUUGGACAUUCGUUGAGUACAAUUCACCCAGCAACAUAGAUAAGAAUAAUAAUGAAAACAGCUUGCAAGUUAUAAAGAAAGAUGGAAAAUAAAAACCAAAAUGCAUACAUAAAAAAAAAAAAACAUGAUUGUUGAAAGAUAUCGGGUGGGUGCUGCUGCCGACUCAGAAAUGCAACCGAAGUCAUUCUCGUCGCCACGCUCCGAGAAUAAGCAGCGUUGAUGUGGCCUGAGGAUAUUAAGCCAAAAGGAGGACUUGACGUUAUUAUCCAACGUCUUCUUCUUCUUCUUCUUUCGGAACUCACAUCGAAUCCUUGUCCCUCUUUGUGGGCUUAUAUAAGCCGCCCGCUCUUCUUCUUUUUUUACCACUCGCGAUAAGAGGUUCGAAAUAGAUAUAGUAGUAUAUCUUCGUAUCUCGGCGUAAGCAGCUCCAAAAAAGAAGUUGGACAGGUAUGGGUUGCGAACGUGUGAUGACAAAUGCAGAUGAUUCUGAAGCAGAAACGGGACUGGACGUCAACAAUGCAGGUUCAACUUCGCCAGGAGACUCCAAGAAUUUGCCCACGACGAAGCUACUUAGACAGUGCCUGAUAGUGCUGGCUGCUAGCUUCGUGUACAUCCCGACGGGUAUGAUCCAGAUGUGGAACAACGUCUUCGCCACUCACACAGCGGACAGCAAUAACACCAUUUCAGGUCACGAGAUCACGUUAGUGCCAUGGCAGAAGGAUUUGGUCGCAAGCAUCGCAGAGAUGGGAGGAAUGGCCGGGUACAUAACAGCUGGUUACUUUGUUCGUCUCAUCGGCAGAAAAAGGUCCCUAAUUCUGACUGCCUUGCCAGCUAUGGUCGGAUCAGCAGUCAUUGUACUGGCUGGCAAUGCCUAUGUGAUCAUUGCAGGAAGAUUCUUGGACGGGAUGUCGAUUGGUAUGGCGUAUGUAACAGUGAACACCUACGUCUCCGAAGUCUCCGAUACGUCGGUCCGCGGAGCCUUCUGCAUGCUUUCACUCAUGAUGAUGCAGCUGGGAAGCAUCUUCAUGGUGUCAGUGGGGAGCACGCUCCCAUGGUACUACAUGUCUUUAGUGUGCUUGUGCUUGCUCUUCACUCACUGCCUCAUUGUGAUGACCCUUCACGAAAGCCCUUCGUACUUGGCCACCACCGACCGCGAGGAAAGGGCCCUCCAGUUGCUUCAGAGACUGAGGGGACCCGAGAGCGACGUCCACAAAGAGCUGGAUUACCUCAAAACGCAGAACCAAAAGGGCAGCAGCGACAGCUUCCAAGGAUGUGGGGCCCUCUUCCAAAGGCGCCACCUGCUGACAACAUGCCUCCUGAGCGGCAUGUUUUUCAUCAAUGUCUUCAGUGGGAAUCUGGUCUUGAGAGUGAACGCUACUCGCCUACUACAAGACCUAGGUCUGCCUUUGGAGGAGAAGUACACGACCAUCUUCCUCGGCCUGGUUCUCCUUGGUGGGAACGUCAUUUUGACACUAGUCGUAGAUCGUUUGGGACGGCGCCGAUGCCUGAUCGCGUCUCUUUCCAUCGUUGCUGCCUCUUGUGCAUCUCUGGGGACAUUUAUUUACUUUACGGGCAAGAAUUCUUUCGUGGCUGAGCCAGAAAUUGUUGUAUUGAAUUUUCUCAGCGGCGUGGCAAAUACGACAGCGACGCAAGUUGAAAUUUCUAGCUGGCACUUCCUAACUGCAGAGAACUUGGCACCCCUGAUUCUACUGAUGGGCGCUUGUCUCGGGCAGAGUACUGGUAUCGGGUCAAUUGUUUGGGUACUGCCCUCUGAGAUGUUCCCUACCAGUUUAAGGUCACAGGGAACCGGAAUCUGCAUGAUGAUAGGGAGCCUUCUUGGAUUCAGCUCCUUGCAGCUCUACAGUCCGAUGCUGGCUACAUUAUCUCAGGCUGGAAUGUACUGGCUAUUUUCAAGCGUUGCCUUUGGCGGCAUCUUCUACGUCUACUUCUUGUUGAAGGAGACUAGUAAGAUCAAAGUUGGCUGAGGGGACCUCUGUCUAAGGCAGCAAAACGGAAAAAAUUACCAGAAACAUUCUUAGAUUUUCUUCAAAACUUUGCUUGAAGGCUCAGAGUCAUGCGAGAUUCUCCAUUCGCUUCUGCCCAAGGAAAACCUGCAGCAUCAAAAGGGGCUACAGUGGUCUUCAGCAAAGAAAGAAGUUUGGAUAUGUCAUUUUGUUGUGUAUUUGAAUAACUUUAAAAGAAUCCCUAGAAAAUUCAACUUUGCCAAUCAGUGAUUUAACAAACAAACAAAAGUCAAAACAGGGAAACCAUACUUGUGACAGUGUUAUUUGCUUAGGUGUACUGUUUCCUACGAAAAGACAAGGGCAUUUAUGAUUAUACAGUGAUGUACAUUUAUGUUACUUCAUCAUUAUCCUUCAAGAGACCUAAUUACUUUCACCUAUAUAGAAUGGAAGGAAAUCUUUUCUUUAUACUUCUUUUAUUCUCUGCUUCUCUGGACGAAAUAAAUUAAAUGUGGAAAUAUCGGCUUUA